AUUUGAUGUUUUCAGAACUGGCUGUGAUUAUAAACCCCAUUAAAAAUCGGCGUUUAUAACGACAAGACUUCCCGGCGAUAAUUAAAAAAAAAAGACCGAGUGACUCAGGCCAAGAAAAGCGAAAGUACCCACGAGGCAGACAUAACCGAAAACAGAAACCAAAACAAGAAAGGGAAACAAAGACAGAGGAGAAUUGACGAUUUCCGGGGGGCGGCGGCGGAGCAGUUUUUAUGCGAGUGCAUGGAAUGACUUCGAUGGAGAACGACAGUCAGUCGACGAUGAGAAGUGAGACGCAGGGCAGUGGUGGCGGCGGCGGGACGACGGCUGCUUCGGGUGUGGAGCCUGGGGACAUGCCUGGCUACUUGAAGGACUUGGAGAAGGAGCUCGGUGUGCUGGAGGAGAGCGGCAAUUGUCCCCUCGCUCUGGCGUAUAUUCGACGAGAGAUUGAGAAGGUGAACAACAAAACCCGUGAUCCCCCGCCAGUUGUGGACAUCACCAAAGACGUGCCGAUUGCCAUAAGUUGCAGGGUACCCCUUCCAGUUAAAGAGUACCCGAAGUUUAAUUUCGUUGGAAAACUGUUGGGUCCCCGCGGGAACUCGUUGAAGCGCUUGCAGGAAAGCACUAUGAGCAGGAUGAUGGUUUGCGGUCGGGGCUCGAUGCGAGACAAGAACAAGGAAGAAGAAUUGCGCACGUCGAACGACCCCAAGUUUGCGCACCUGAAGGCUGACCCGUACUUGGACAUUGUUGUGCGCGCGCCACCUGCCGAGGCAUACGCGAGACUCGCACAUGCUUUGACUGAGAUCCGGCCUUAUUUGACUCCUAGCAAGAACGACGCAAUUUCCAUGUCGCAAAUGCGGGAAAUGGAGGGCCUGAACCUCGGCGGCGUGGACCGAAGCUCCAACUGGCAGAUGGGUGGCUACCCGAAUUCGCAGCGUGCCGGCGGGCCCAUGGGCAUGCGGAACGGGCCAGGAUCUGGCCCAUUCGGCGACGGUGGACCAAAUGGACCCCCCGGACCGCCUAACUACCGAUCCUCGUAUCCUCCUCCCGCGGGCGGUAACUACAGUGGCCCGGGCUACGGCGCUGGGCCAGGUUAUGGCGGUGGGCCAGGUGGAUUCGGCGGUGGCCCGAGCGGAUUUGGAGGACCCGGAGCCGGCAAUGCAAAUCCCGGUGGAUUCGGCGGCUAUGGCCCGGGUUCCAACAGCUCCGGCGGUUUCGGCGCUGGUGGUUCCGGGCGUACCGGCGGUAAUCAGGGUUACUACGGUGGAGGCGGCGGCGGCGUUGGCGGACGAUCGGGGCCUGCGGGUGGCGGCUGCGGCCAAGGCUACCGUUUUUUUGACAGCAUUUCCGAUUCUUACCUUCUGAAGAGCAAAACUGGGGACUUUUUGGGAAUUGUAUUGGACAAGGGGACAGAGAAAGAAAGACUCUUAAUGUUGUUGUCCCGUGCCGAGGCUGGUGGACGCCGCGCGACGAACGAAGGCCGCACCGAGCGGCGGAAUUUCGCGCUUCUGUUCGGAACACGAGGGUUCGAGUUGUGGGGGAGGAGGCAGGAGAAGCGUGUCAAGGUCGAGUUUCGCCGUUCUGUUUCUCCGCCUUGGUCUCGUUUCCUCGAUGAGCUCCGACGUGAUUUGACUCUAGAUUUCACUAUUCGUCGAUUUUUCUUGCGAUGUGCCGUGCGAAUUGACCUAUUGCUGGUAUUCCCGAAAUCUGGAAUAGCCUUCGAGAUUCCCGGCCACCAGUUGAAGUUUCAUGGACUUCAGGAAGAACGAGGAUACGAUCUUCAGUCAGAUUUCAGGUGCCUCCGAUUGACUUGCGAAUUUCGUUCGGAAGACUUCGGGUGCAUCAAGAUGAUGGGAUUGGGAUCUGGAUCUGUUCGCGUACACUUAUACCUACUGGUUCCGGAUCAGGUCGAUGAUUUUCGGAAUCACUACCGAACGAGGGUAGAAAUGAAACCCUACCGCGCCGAAGGACUUCCCCAAACGAGGGUAGACAAGAAACCCUACCCCAGGGUAGACAUGAAACCCUACCCCGCCGAAGGACUCCCCCAAACGAGGGUAGACAUGAAACCCUACCUCCCAUUCAUUGGCGGUAGCAUGGCGAGAUACCCCUCACGAUCGAACGAUCGUGUCCCUCUUGCCAAUGACUCUGCCCGUGAAUGGGGGUUCACCCACCCAAGAAGAACCCCCCAUUCAUUGGCGGCAGAAUGACGAGAGACCCUUCACGAUCGAACGAUCGUGUCCCCCUCGGCAUGAUGCUGUCCGUGAAUGGGGGUUUUUUUUUUGGGUGGGUUGAAAAAUAUUGCAAUUAUAAUCUCGCCUGUCAAAGUGUCGAAGAAGGGGAAAAAAUUUACAAAUUAUUGAAAGGAAAUGCCAACCACAAAUUAGAUUUCUUCUUGCUUCAAAAUUAUUAUAAUUAUUAUACUUCAAAACUGUUGAUGUUGUUAUACUAUGCUGAGGCUAAUAAAACGAAUUCGACAAU